AUGAUGAUUUAUUUGUUAUAUUUAUUAUAUUUUGCGAUAGCGGUGACCGUAGCACUGUCAUUACUACUAUAUACCUACCAGUGCGAAUUGCUGUAUGCAGCAGGGUUCCCGACUGGGUCGAGGACGGUGGUGGCAAGGCCAUCGCAAUUUGGGCUGCCAGACAAAGAGGUUAUAUUGGUGACCAAGGAUGGCUACAAGAUUCGAUCCUAUGUCAUGAUUCAACGUGGCGAGGAAGUAGCGAUACAAUCACCCACUGUGGUUUGUUUUCAUGCACAUACUGGCAAUAUGGGUCAUCGAUUGCCAAUAGCUCAGGUAUUCUACAAGAAAUUAGGCUACAAUGUAGUCAUGCUGUCGUAUAGAGGUUAUGGUCUCAGCGAGGGCAGACCUACUGAAAAAGGACUUAAAAUUGACGCGCAGACUAUGCUUGAAUACAUCAAACAACAUCCCAUCCUCAAACAUACCAAGUUAAUUGCAUACGGCCAAUCAUUAGGGGGUUCUGUGGCCAUCAGUCUUGUAUCGAGAAAUGAGGAUAAGUUUGAUGCAUUGAUCAUUGAAAACACAUUUCUGAGUGUGCCUUUGCUAGUGCCACAUAUAUUCCCAGCAUUAAGACAUUUGGUCUAUCUGGUACAUCAGACAUGGAGAUCAUACAAGACGAUCAAAUAUGUACAUCAUGUACCUAUACUAUUCCUGUCCAGCCUAAAAGACGAAUUAGUUCCACCUGGACAUAUGGCGAAAUUAUACAACAUAUCGCAAACAAGUGGAGUCAAAGUAUGGAGGGAUUUCGAGAAUGGAACACACAACGAUACUUGUAUGCAGAGUGGUUUCUUUGAGUCAAUUGCUGAAUUUGUGCGAGACAAUGUAUGGGACUUGGAUUAG